AUGGCUGAUCAAAAUAGUGGAUCUGAAACUACAACAACUGACGCAGAAAAUACAUACUCAACGCCAGGACCUGAUCAUAAAAAUAUGCAGGAGGUGACACUUUAUGUACAGUCACUGUUGCAGAAUAUGCAGGACAAGUUCCAAAGUAUGUCUGAUCAGAUAAUAAAUCGUAUAGAUGAGAUGGGGACCCGCGUUGAUGAAUUAGAGAAGAAUAUUACAGAUCUCAUGACACAAGCAGGCGUGGAGAAUGAAAAGUAA